AUGGAACCGAUCCUUUACUACGAUACCAUCAGUCCACCGGUAAGAGCUGUUUUGAUGACAAUAAAAGCUCUAAAUUACAAAGUUGAAUUAAAAAAGAUUGAUUUAUUCAAAGUGGAGCAAAGGAAAGAAGAAUUUUUGGAGUUAUCGCCUAUAGGUCGAGUACCUGUUCUUCAGGUGGGCACAGAAUCAAUUUCGGACAGCCAUGCCAUAUGUUGCUUUCUGGCAGAGACUAGUGGACGAUCAGGCGAAAUUCUGUAUCCAAAAGAUCCACUUACAAGAUCUAAAAUUUUGCAAAUGCUUUUCUUCGAUUGCGACAUUGCUUUCAACAGAAGCAGUGAGAUAAUGAGAGCAGCUUUUCACAGAAAAAUUAGUGAUGUAUCCGAAGAGCAUUUGAAUAAGAUUCAUGAAGUGUAUCGGUUAUUAGAAAAGUUUUUGGAAAAAUCAAAAUUUUUAGUUAAUGACACUAUAACACUUGCGGAUAUAAGUAUGAUAUCUACUAUAGCAUCCUGUGAUAUUUUAAUACCAGUCAGCAAUGAAACUCCAAAGUUAUUAGCUUGGUUUGAAUUUUGCAAAAAAUUACCAUGGUAUGAAGCAAACAUAGAAGGUUUGCAAAGAGCUAAAGAUUAUCUUAAGAAUACAGCUUUGGCUUCGUACAUAAAAUAA